GACCAGUCAGUCAGAGUUGCACAGGACCUAGCCUCAGUGCUCGACAUGGACAUGCCCGCUAAACUCGUGUUCCCCAUCGUGGUGAUCUCCGUGCUGGUGGCUUGCAGUCCGACGGAGGCGUGGUACAAGCAGAUGGCCGGUCCGAGCUACUACUCAGUGGGCAGGGCGUCCGGCUUGCUGUCCGGAAUCCGGAGGUCACCGUACAUCAGGAGAGCCGAGCCGCAGCCGUCAGACGGCGAAGAGCUGGCGACUAACAACGUGUUUCCUGAGUUCACUGCGCAGAGUUACAUCCUGAAGACCAUGCGCUAUAUANAAUAA